AUGAGUAAAGAAUCGAGAGAUAGGAGCCAAAGCAUCGGUGCGAUAGAAGAUGAUGCCUCAAACGAAAUGAGUGUACUGAUUCAAGAAAAGGAGGGAUCUAUCGCAUUCAAAUACCUGAUAUUGACAAAAUGCAACUAUGCAGCUUGGGCGAUUAAGAUGGAGGUAUUUAUGAUGGCACAAGGUGUUUGGGAAACAAUUGAGUCACCCGAAACAGUAUAUAACCGCAAAGAUAAGAUGGCUUUAGCAGCUCUUUAUCAAAGUGCGGAAAGAGUGAAAGAAGUUAGAGCGCAGACUCUCUGGCGGGAGUUUGAAGCGUUGAGGAUGGGUGAUUCAGAAAGUAUUGAUGAGUAUUCUGGAAAACUAACCAUUAUUGUCAACAAAUUAAGAGGCCUCGGCAAUACUGUGGAUGAUAUCCAAGUAGUUAAGAAACUUCUACGAUUCACCUAUGCAAAGUUUCUUCAAAUCACUUCAACGAUUAAGGAUUUCAGUGAUCUCAAAACGAAAUCCGUUGAUGAGGUUAUUGGAUCACUCAAGGCACAUGAAGAAAGGUUACAAGGGUUUGGAGAAAAAGAUGAAACCGUUCUCCUCACUCGUGCAGAAUGGAAGGAACGAGAGAAUGCAAAAUCCUCAAAGAAAGAAUGGAAGGAUCAAAGGUGUCAGCAGAUGGGACACUUCGCAUCAGAGUGUUCCACAGAAGACGAACAACUCAACUUGAUAGAGAUGAAAAAGGAUGAGGAGUCUUCAUUGCGGAUGACAGAGGCGUGUGAAAUUAAAAUCACACAUGACAAAGAGCCUGAUUCUGAUGUUGAAUGA